GUUAAACGACUCGAACUCCCGUGCUCUCAGCCGUGAUGAACUCCGCGUGCGAGUGAUGCGUUGCGUGCGUUGCGUACUCGGAUCACCGGCGUGCUGCUAUUGCGCGGGCGAUGCUCGCGGCUCGCGUACGAGUGCUGCUCGCGUACGAUGGAUGCUGCUCGCGUACGGUAGCGACGGAUUGGAUGCGCGAUGGCCCUCGGCGUGCGGAAUACUCUCGGUAAUUUCUCCCGAACAACACUCCCAACUCCCACAAUGCACUCACUAUAUCUCUCUAUCUCUCGGCACUUGUGAAGCUCAGAAUGCUGCAGCUGUGCCAGCUCAGAACUCGGUGAAUGUUCUUGCUCAGUUUCUUGGGUUACAGCCAGCCACGUUCAAUGGACAAGGAGAUCCCAGAAUAGUUGAAGAAUGGAUUCGUAGCCUUGAACAAUUAUUCGAGGCUAUGAACUGCACUGAACAGGAGAGGAUCCAGUGUGCCCAGUUACAGAUGAUUGGGGACGCUGGGUUAUGGUGGUUCUUAUAUUGGCAGAUGAGCACAGUGGAAGAAAAACAAGCUUUAACUUGGUCUGGUUUUAAGCAGAUAGUGAAAGAAAAGUACUAUCCUGCUUACUAUAGAGCUCAGAUGGAAUGGGAGUUCCUAGACCUGGAGCAAGAACAAAGAAGAGUCGAUGAAUAUGAGCGAGAAUUUACUCGCUUAGCAUUCUUCGUACCAUAUCUAGUGGGUACGGAUGAAAAAAAAGCUAGACGGUUCAGGGACGGAUUGAGAGAUGUUAUCCGGAACCAUUUUGCAGGACAUGGAGAGUUGUCCUAUGUUGAGACUAUUUCAAGAGCUCAACAAAUUGAUACCAGCAUAAAGCAAAAGUCCCGACGAGUUCUUAAGACAACUGUUAAUCCACCAGUUCAGCCACUGGUGCAGCAGAUGCCUAAUCAACAGGAAAAUGCUAAAAACAAGAGAAAAUGGAAGGCUCGUCAGGAUGAAAGGAAAAACCGCCCUAGAGGCCAAGGGCAAGCAGGUCAACAACCACAACAG